AUGCCUCCCAGGCCGUCUUCAGGGGAACUAUGGGGCAUGCACUUGAUGCCCCCGAGCAUCCAGGUGGACUUCCUUCUCCCCAAUGGGAUGAUUCUGACAUUGGAGUGCACACGUGAGGCCACACUCAUCUCGGUCAAACAGGACCUCUUCAAAGAGGCCAGGAAGUAUCCUCUCCACCACCUCCUACAGGAGGAGACCUCCUACAUCUUUGUCAGCGUUACUCAAGAGGCUGAGAGAGAGGAGUUCUAUGAUGAGACGAGGAGACUGUGCGACCUCAGGCUUUUUCAGGCCUUCCUGAAAGUCAUCGAGCCAGUAGGCAAUCGAGAGGAGAAAAUACUAAAUCGAGAAAUUGGUAUGUCUCGUAUUCUUUAUACUAAGUCACUGACGUCACAUAAGCACACUCUAAGUAUGGUGUGGCCUCAGGCUGUUUUCAAAACCAGCCCUCAAAUUUCAUGAUUGAAUAUUGAGUGCGAUAAAGCUUGAUAAAAUGUAGCUGUAGGAGUGCAUGAAAUUCUCUCCUUUUUUUGUGCAGGUUUUGCCAUAGGAAUGCCUAUAUGUGAGUUUGACCUGGUCAAGGACGCAGAGGUCCAGGACUUUAGAAGGAACAUAUUAAAUGUCUGCAAGGAGUCUGUGGACCUCCGAGACACUAACGGACCCAUCAGUAGAGCGUUGUACGUCUACCCUCCCAAUGUAGAGUCGUCAGUAGAACUACCCAAGCACAUCUUCAAUAAGCUUGACAAAGGUAGGACAUGGGAGACGCACACAGAAGGUUUGGGUCUGUGGCAAAGGGAAACUAUCCCAGCCAUGUACAGCCUAAUUUUGUAUCAAAAUAACCUAUUGUAAGCGUUGACAGAACUACCACCCACUUGUUUUAAAUAUAUGUUUGGUGACGUGUGAUGUAUCGGAUUGGAAGGUACCUCACUUACCAUGCCAUAAUAACACAUUUAUUGCUCUUUCCCUCCAGGUCAAAUCAUAGUGGUCAUCUGGGUCAUCGUGUCGCCAAGCAACGACAAGCAGAAGUACACACUGAAAAUCAACCACGACUGCGUGCCGGAGCACGUGAUCGCAGAGGCCAUCCGCAAGAAAACGCGUAGCAUGCUGCUGUCCCACGAGCAACUCAAGAUGUGCGUGCAGGAGUAUCAGGGCAAGUACAUCCUCAAGGUGUGCGGCUGCGAUGAGUACCUGCUGGAGAAAUACCCCCUGAGUCAGUACAAGGUAAACACAGACACAUACACACAUUUCUCUGAUGCCUACUCCACAUCUUGAAUAGGGAUACAUUCAAACAUAUGUUGUAGUUAGUCUCUUGCCUGUGUGUUUAAAUAUAAUAAAUAAAUGAGUGAUUCGAAAGAAGAAAUUCUCAAAUAAUGCAUUUUAUUGACGACAGUCGGUGAUCUGAAUCUUUGGCUUUUGAAAUUCUUCCUUUGAAUCCUGUCUGGAGCAUGUUUGAAUGACUGGCCAAUGACUAGCUAGCAAUGUUACACAGGUAAUAGCAACUGUGCAAAAGAAGGGUUGCCAUUCUUUGCAUGUUUAAUACCUCGCUUGGUGUAGCAUCUAAUGCCCUUAUAAUGUAUAUUGCCUUUCCUUCCCAGUACGUGAGGAGUUGCAUCAUGCUGGGGCGCAUGCCCAACCUCAUGCUAAUGGCCAAGGACAGCCUGUACUCGCAGCUGCCCAUCGACACCUUUACCAUGCCCUCGUAUGCCCGCCGCAUCUCCACGGCCACUCCCUACAUGAACGGCGAGACGGCCACCAAGUCUCUAUGGACCAUCAAUGGCACGCUGAGGAUAAGGAUACUGUGUGCCACCUACGUCAACGUCAACAUCAGGGACAUUGACAAGGUACUGUACUUGAGGACCUUUGGGUGGUGUUCAGUAGGGCAUAACAAAAUGUUUUGCUACAGAAAACAAAAACCUGUGUUCUUAUUAAACAAGUUCAAGUAGUACCUCCCUGUUUCCAAAAGUUUUUUUCCUCACUGAACCCUGUUGUCAGUUCUGUUGUACAUAUCAGUGCAGGUCCUUGUGGAGAAGGGGAACUACAUUUAGAUGGACUAUUUGAAUAGAUCAAGUUCACGAUUGGGCCGAAAUGUCCUGGAUGUCAUUGUUCUUUUUAGUAGCACAAUAAAGGUUUCUGUCAAAGACAUCUAUGUAAAUUAUUAAUGUGUGUCCCUGCUAUUGAUCUAGAUCUACGUCCGGACUGGGAUUUACCACGGUGGGGAGCAGCUGUGUGACAACGUGAACACUCAGCGCGUGCCAUGCUCAAACCCCAGGUAUGCCAUCCUGCAUCAUAAUAAACUGUACUUUCUUAAUGAAGUUAUUGCUAAAUCGCAUACUGUAGUGUAGCCUACUUACUGUUAGCUUCAUAGGGAUGUCUGUUUUGAUUGGGAAAAUGUUCUUGUUGUCCAUCCAAGGUGGAACGAGUGGCUGAACUACGACAUGUACAUUCCAGACAUCCCCCGCGCCGCCCGCCUCUGUCUGUCCAUCUGUUCCGUGAAAGGGAGGAAGGGGGCCAAGGAGGUGAGCUCUCCCUCCUGCCCACCAGUUUCAGGAAUUUAUUGUUUCUGACAAAAAAUAGUUACUUUGGUUUGGUCAAACUAUCAGAAGUGUAAAUCAGGUCUCAAACUCAAAAUACUAGGGGCCAAUGUUGGUCUUACUGUUAUCAUGGGGGCCGGAGGGAAGCAGCUUCGGGCCUGAUGUGGCCCCCGGGCUGCGAGUUUGAGAUCCCUGGUGUAGAUGAAUAAUGAUUGGGGAAUAAAUGGAGAAGUGGAAAAAGUACAUGAAUUAGUUGUUUGGGUAGCGUAAUUGAAAUGAACAUUAUCGCUCACUUUCCUGGCUUUGGCAAAUCCUACUUGUGUGUCACAUGCAUUUUCUUUGCACAACAAUAGCUUUCAAUCUCGUACUUAGCUUGGGAUUCUAUAUCCUCUUUAUCAAUUUAUUUUUUAACUCGAUUUACGUUGAUCCCAAUUUCAAUGCAACUCCAUACAUUGACUACAAUACAAUCCAUCAUUGUGCUUAUGUUGCUACAGGAGCACUGUCCACUAGCCUGGGGAAACAUCAACCUGUUUGAUUACACCCACACGCUGGUGGCUGGAAAGAUGGCCCUCAACCUGUGGCCCGUGCCCCACGGCCUGGAAGACCUGCUCAAUGCUAUCGGAGUCACCGGCUCCAAUCCAAACAAGGUCUGAGGUGUUGGCUAGCUAGCUACACACGCAUAUGGAAAGACACACACUGGAUCUAACACACCACACAAAGCUACAGUUCGCAAUAAUCCGCAUCUCCCCUCUCAUUGUCUAAGCCUCUUAUCCACCUUAUUAAUUACUCAUUGACAUACAACCAAACCCCACAAUAGGACGCCAUUGUUCUCAUAAGUCCUUUUGAACGACCUCAAAUGACCUUUCCAUUAUAUUGCUCUGGGCCCACAGGAAACCCCUUGCCUGGAGCUGGAGUUUGACCACUUCAGUAACCCGGUAAAGUUCCCUGACAUGCCGGCCAUCGAGGAGCACGCCAACUGGAACAUAUCCCGGGAGCUGGGCUUCAACUACUGCCACACCGGUUUGGUAAGUCCCAAGUGGGGCGGCAGGUAGCUUAGUGGUUAAGAGCGUUGUGCCAGUAACCGAAAGGUCGCUGGUUCUAAUCCCCGAGCCGACUAGGUGAAAAAUCUGUCGAUGUGCCCUUGAGCAAGGCACUUAACCCUAAUUGCUCCUGUAAGUCGCUCUGGAUAAGAGCGUCUGCUAAAUGACUAAAAUGGAAAUGGAAAUGGAAGUGAUUUUGUUUGGUCUAAGUCAAUAUUGACAUUGUACGUUCAUCUGUUGUAUUGAUUUAAUCUUUUCACGCAUGGGUUCCAAAUAUCUCUAACAGUCGCCCGAGCGUGAGUGUUUUUUAUGCACGUGAUAUCUGAAUGUACUCACUGUUCCAAAAUGUGAUUGUUACGCAACAGGACAGUUACCCACGCUGCCCUCAAACCAAGGCAUGCUGCCUGCUAAUUAUCUAUAGGUUAUGUUUCAAUUGGUCAAUUUAAAUGUAUUUUCUAACAAAUUGUAUUUUCUAACAACAGUUUGAAUUGAGGUGUGUUCUGCCUCCUCAUUAAUUCACAUAAGAAGUAGCCCAUUUCACUGUUGCGGACAAUUUAUGUUUGAGGCUUUACUGAGCCGGACAAACUUCUCUCUUCAGCGAGAGCCCAAGCACUUCCCCAGUGUUUCCCCAGAUCAAGUAUGAAGACAUUGCACAUCUCUAGUCAGAGCAGGCAUUGCACAAACGUUUUCCCCGGCACAUUUUCUGGCUGGUGUCCGCAUUGCCUUCAUUGUUGUUUUCCUUACAAAUAAUAUAUUUGGACAUGUGUGCAUUCCAUUCAAAGUAAGUGCCUUAUUUUCUGUAUAUCGUGUUGUCGUUUCAACUGUAGCAUACCGCAUGUAAACACAGCAAAAAAAUAAACAUCCUCUCACUGUCAACUAUGUUUAUUUUCAGCAAACUUAACAUGUGUAAAUAUUUGUAUGAACAUAAGAUUCAACAACUGAGACAUAAACUGAACAAGUUCCACAGACAUGUGACUAACACAAAUGGAAUAAUGUGUCCCUGAACAAAGGGGGGGUCAAAAUCAAAAGUAACAGUCAGUAUCUGGUGUGGCCACCAGCUGCAUUAAGUACUGCAGUGCAUCUCCUCCUCAUGGACUGCACCAGAUUUGCCAGUUCUUGCUGUGAGAUGUUACCCCACUCUUCCACCAAGGCACCUGCAAGUUCCCGAACAUUUCUGGGGGGAAUGGCUCUAGCCAUCAACCUCCAAUCCAACAGGUCCCAGAUGUGCUCAAUGGGAUUGAGAUCCGGGCUCUUCGCUGGCCAUGGCAGAACACUGACAUUCCUGUCUUGCAGGAAAUCACGCACAGAACGAGCAGUAUCGCUGGUGGCAUUGUCAUGCUGGAGGGUCAUGUCAGGAUGAGCCUGCAGGAAGGGUACCACAUGAGGGAGGAGGACGUCUUCCCUGUAACGCACAGCAUUGAGAUUGCCUCCAAUGACGACAAGCUCAGUCCGAUGAUGCUGUGACACGCCGACCCAGACCAUGACGGACCCUCCACCUCCAAAUCGAUCUCGCUCCAGAGUACAGGCCUCAGUGUAACGCUCAUUCCUUCGACGAUAAACACGAAUCCAACCAUCACCCCUGGUGAGACACAACUGCAACUCGUCAAUGAAGAGCACUUUUUGCCAGUCCUGUCUGGUCCAGCGACAGUGGGUUUGUGCCCAUAGGCGACGUUGUUGCCGGUGAUGUCUGGUGAGGACCUGCCUUACAACAGGACUACAAGCCCUCAGUCCAGCCUCUCUCAGCCUAUUGCGGACAGUCUGAGCACUGAUGGAGGGAUUGUGCGUUCCUGGUGUAACUCGGGCAGUUGUUGUUGCCAUCCUGUACCUGUCCCGCAGGUGUGAUGUGCGAAUGUACCGAUCCUGUGCAGGUGUUGUUACACGUGGUCUGCCACUGCGAGGAUGAUCAGCUGUCCGUCCUGUCUCCCUGUAGCGCUGUCUAAGGCGUCUCACAGUACGGAUAUUGCAAUUUAUUGCCCUGGCCACAUCUGCAGUCCUCAUGCCUCCUUGCAGCAUGCCUAAGGCACGUUCACGCAGAUGAGCUACCUGAGUGUGUCCAAUAAGAACGCAAAACCUUUUACAACUGAGUGCUUAUUGAAUGCGACCCUGCUUCCCACCAGUACUGUAGUUUUAAUAAGCAGCAUACUGGUCUCUAUUGCAGAGUAACAGACUGGCGAGGGACAACCCUCUGACGGACAGUGACAACGAACAGCUGCGUCUGGUGUGUAACAGAGACCCACUGUCUGAAAUCACUGAGCAGGAGAAGGACUUCCUGUGGAGGCACAGGUAAUACUGUGUGUGUGUGCUUUAUCAACAAAUCCAUAUUUUCUAUUAUGAAAAACACAUAAACAAAACCCACGCAAGAUUUAUCAAACAUUUCUUACAUCUGAAAUAGUUUGGUUACCUGCUCAAGCUACUAAAACACUUGUUAUAAUAACAGAUGUGUGCUGCUCAUGAUUGAGAAAUGAGGCCCAGUGUGUGUGUGUGUGUGUGUGUGUAUGCGUGUACAGUGCGUGUGAUCGUAAGGGAGGAAACAAGCAAUUUUCUACAUUCACAUUUUUGCUAUUCUCUCCUCCUACAGACAUUACUGUGUCAGUAUCCCGGAGAUACUGCCCAAGAUUCUCCUGGCAGUGAAAUGGAACUCCAGGGAUGAGGUUGCGCAGGUAAACAGUCUCACAUUUCAACUGCUGACACUUGACUUUAUAGCCUACCAUGGCAAGGGGAAAUUUGAUAUACACUUAACAAAAAUAUAAACGCAACAAUUACAGUUCAUAUAAGGAAAUCAGUCAAUUGAAAUCAAUUCAUUAUGCCCUAAUCUAUGGAUUUCACAUGACUGGGAAUGUAGAUAUCCUUCAGAUAAUAUAUAUAUUUAGGGGUGUGGAUCGGAAAACCAGUCAGUAUCUGGUGCGAAACAUCUCCUUCGCAUAGAGUUGAUCAGGCUGUUGAUUGUGGAAUGUUGUCCCACUCCUCUUCAAUGGCUGUGCGAAGUUGCUGGAAAUUGGCGGGAACUGGAACACACGUUCGUACACGUCGAUCCAGAGCAUCCCAAACAUGCUCAAUGGGUGACAUAUCUGGUGAGUAUACAGGCCAUGGAAGAACUGGGAAGUUUUCAGCUUCCAGGAAUUAUGUACAGAUACUUGCGACAUGGGGCCGUGCAAUAUCAUGCUGAAACAUGAGGUGAUGGCGGCAGAUUAGUGGCACGACAAUGGGCCUCAGGAUCUCGUCACAGUAUCUCUGUGCAGUCAAAUUGCCAUCGAUAAAAUGCAAUUGUGUUUGUUGACUGUAGCUUAUGCCUGCCCAUACCAUAACCCCACUGCCACCAUGGGGCACUCUUGUUCACAUCAGCAAACCGCUCUCCCAAACGAUGCCAUCUGCCUGGUACUGUUGAAAUUGGGAUUCAUCUGUGAAGAGCACACUUCUCCAGCGUGACAGUGACCAUCGAAAGUGAGCAUUUGCCCACUGAAGUUGGCUACGACGCCGAACUGCAGUCAGGUCAAGACCCUGGUGAGGACGACGAGCACGCAGAUAAGCUUCCCUGAGACGGUUUCUGACAGUUGAUGCAGAAAUUCUUCAGUUGUGCAAACCCACAAUUUCAUCAGCUGUCCAGGUGGCUGGUCUCAGACAAUCCCGCAGGUGAAGAAGCUGGAUGUGGAGGUCCUGGGCUGGCGUGGUUACAUGUGGUCUGCGGUUGUGAGGCCAGUUGGACGUACUGCCAAAUUCUCUAAAACGAUGUUGGUGACUUAUGGUAGAGAAAUUAACAUUCAAUUCUCUGGCAACCGCUCUGGUGGACAUUCCUGCAGUCAGCAUGCCAAUCACAUGCUCCCUCAACUUGAGACAUCUGUGGCAUUGUGUUGUGACACAAUUGCACAUUUUAGAGUAGGGUUUUAUUGUCCCCAGCACAAGUUGCACCUGUGUAAUGAUCAUGCUGUUUUAAUCAGCUUCUUGAUAUGCCACACCUGCCAGGUGAAUGGAUUAUCUUGGCGAAGGCGAAAUGCUCACAAGGAUGUAAACAAAUUUGUGCACAAAAUUGUAGAGAAAUAAGCAUUUUGUGCAUAUAUAAACUCUCUGGGAUCUUUUAUUUCUGGUCAUGAAACAUGGGACCAACAUUUUACAUGUUGAAUUUUAUAUUUUAGUUCAGUAAUUUAAUAAAUGUCAUCCGAUUUUGUUUUUUCCUCAAACUUUGAUUUGAAUUUUUUAUAUACCAUUUUUUUUGUAUUUGUUAAUCUUUGUUCCAGAUGUAUUGCCUUCUAAAGGACUGGCCAGCCAUAAAGCCAGAACAAGCCAUGGAGUUGCUGGACUGCAACUUCCCCGAUCCCAGGAUCCGAGACUUUGCAGUGAAGUGCCUUGAAAAAUACUUAACGGACGACAGACUCUCUCAAUACCUCAUUCAGCUGGUCCAGGUACAAUAUAAUAAGACCCACUCAUAGUCUUUAAUGAAUAAAGAGAUAGAAUGGACAAGCCUCACCCUAUCCACACACUAUUCUAUGAGGUUUCUGGGAUUCAACAUGGAUGCCGCUGACUGUCAGCUUGAUGUGAUGUGUUUUUGAAUGGCUUUGACACCUACAGAUUUAAUUAUUGACACUACAUAAAGAAUUCAAUAUGACCCCUCUGGUUAACUGCUCUCUUUUACAUGGUGGCUUCUAUUCAGUCAGAUACAUUUCUAUGGAAAGAAAUACAUUUUGCGUUCAUUUGGGUGUGUGUUCUGAACAUUCACUGUGUUUGUCUGGCCACCAGGUUCUGAAGUACGAGCAGUACCUCGAUAACCCACUGGCCCGCUUCCUGCUGAAGAAGGCUUUGACCAAUCAGCGGAUAGGACAUUUCUUCUUUUGGCAUCUCAAGUGAGUUUGAUUUCUGUUUGUUUCCUUACUAGCCCAGUAACCUUAGUGUUUAUGAAACCAAAUGUGUGUGUUGUGGAUUGCUUAAAUUUGCCUUAGGCAGACGGAAUUCCAUUCCGCUGGUGUAAAAUCUUUCUCCAAGGUCCUGUAAAACCUGCUUAAUUUGUGUAUUUUAGGGUUUAAGUAAAGGAAAAAAAGCUUACAGAGGGGAAUUUGCCAGAUCAAGUUACAUUGAUAUUGACUGUGUUCAUGCAUAGUCACAAGACUGAUGUGUUUUGGAAAUGUUUCUGAAUACAUUUCUAUGGGUCAUGCAGAUUGAGAAGUCUUGCUAGUACGUUUGUAUAGGCGUCCACAAUUGCAUAACUUGUUCUCUCUGCCUCCAGGUCUGAGAUGCACAACAAGACAGUGAGCCAACGUUUCGGUCUGCUGCUGGAGUCCUACUGCCGGGCCUGUGGCAUGUACCUGAAGCACCUGAGCAGACAGGUGGAGGCCAUGGAGAAACUCAUUAACCUCACCGACCUCCUCAAGCAGGAGAAGAAGGACGAGGCCCAGAAGGUAACAUUUACGAUGUGAUCAAGGCCUUUCCACUUCACGCCCUAAUAUGGCAGCCUCAAUCUUUUUCGUGAUCAUGUUUUUCUUACUGUCAGUACAAGACAAAAGGACAAUGAGUUUGGAGCUGCUAUAAAGUCCCCAUUGGUCUUCAGGACUAUGGACUCCCUACACUUGCAGUAAAGUGAAGCUCUCUCUCUCUGCCCUCAGGUUCAGAUGAAGUUCCUGGUGGAGCAGAUGAAAAGGCCUGACUACAUGGACGCCCUACAGAGCUUCACCUCUCCGCUCAACCCAGCUCACCAGCUGGGAAACCUCCGGUACUGGCGCUGUUCUAACUCCGUCCCUCAACCGAGAAAGCACAGUAGACAUAACCACGAACAUCCACAUAUUCUUCUGAAUGAUUGAACAAGGAAACUAAGAAAUUUGUCCUGUGAAAUUCAGGUUUAAUGACAGGCCUUACUGUGUUCAAGAUGUUUUCUUAAAGUUAUUCUGAGUCUGUGUUGAUACAACGUUUGCCAUCUCUUUCAGCCUGGAGGAGUGCCGGAUGAUGUCAUCGGCCAAACGGCCUCUGUGGCUCAACUGGGAGAAUCCUGACAUGAUGUCAGAGCUGCUCUUCCAGAGCAACGAGAUCAUCUUCAAAAACGGAGACGGUAUAUCCCGCUAAUGCAAAACGAAUCACCCAACCCCCUUGACUCACUAUGGACACACUAGACAAUAAACAUGCUUACCGAAUCCCAUUUUGCCCUGGCAGCGAUUCAUAUUGCAUUAGUGUGAUCAAAGCUCAGACUUAUCAUCACCUUGCUAUUUCACUCUCACCUCUCUCCUUCAGAUCUGAGGCAGGACAUGCUGACUUUGCAGAUCAUUAGGAUAAUGGAGAACAUCUGGCAGAACCAGGGGCUUGAUCUCAGGUACUAGUCUCUUUUGUAGCCGCUCAGAUGAAUAGUCGAUUACAACCUUCAUGUUCUUCUCCUUGAUAGCAGGAGCCUAAAAUUAGGAGCGACUCAUCCUAUUGAUUAAACAUUGAGUCCAUUACUUUCUGUAGGAGCUGAUAAUGUAAACUCUGAACUGGAAACUAGUGUAGCCUAAAUGAGGUACGAGAAGGAGGAAUGCAGGUCGAUUGAAAGUCGGGUUGUUUUUGAAGGAAGUGAAGGGAGUCUGUAUAGCCAUUAUAUCACUCUGUUUUCUAACCCAUGAAUCAGGGAAAUGAGUUUUUACUUCCAAAUCAGAGUACUAUUGAUUAGAUCUGUAUCUCAUCAUAUUGUACUGAUCACAUCCCAGUCUCUAUGUAGGUGGAUUGAAAGUCAGGACGCAGUUCUGAUCGAACAGAAGGCAUCAAUGCAUGUGUAUCUAGAUGGAAUGAUUGGUAGAUUAAUAAGAUGUAUCGUUGAAAGACUGUAGCCAUGGUUGACCUACCUGUCAUCCUAUUGGUCGUUUUUGUCCCCAGGAUGUUGCCGUACGGCUGCCUGUCCAUCGGCGACUGCGUGGGCCUGAUCGAGGUGGUGAGGAACUCCCACACCAUCAUGCAGAUCCAGUGUAAAGGAGGCCUGAAGGGGGCGCUGCAGUUUAACAGCCACACACUGCACCAGUGGCUCAAGGACAAGAACAGGGGAGAGAUGUGAGUACUGGGCUAUAUUCCAAUAUCCACAACAGCAUAGCAUAUGUCUUAGAAUGACAUACGUCUUAGAAUGAAUGACCAGUAGGCCUUCAUUCCUUCUUUCUUCUACAUUGCUUUAUUCUAAGCGAUGCUAGGUGCUAAACGCUUAGUCAUGCUAGAUUAUGUGGUUAGAAAUAUUGGGUGCAUAUUAGGGAAUAGUCUGUCACACAUAUGGAAGGGAAAGUUAAUCCUUGAAAGGGCUAAAGUUUCCCUGAAUUGCGUUGAACUGAAUUGAGUGGAAUGUACUGUAUUCUUAUAAAAUGCCAUAUGGUUAUUGUCUUUCUUUCUUAGAUUCAAUAGGAUUGUUGUAGUUUCAUGUCUUUGGUUUAAUGACAAAGACUCAUGAAAAACCCAUUGAAAUGUGUCCAGGUACGACCAGGCCAUUGACUUGUUCACACGGUCGUGUGCGGGAUACUGCGUAGCCACCUUCAUCCUGGGGAUCGGUGACCGACACAACAGCAACAUCAUGGUCAAAGAUGAUGGACAGGUACUUCACAGACUUAGGGUUGCAAAAUGAGGGUUGUAGGGUUGCACAAUACCGGUACGUUUCUCAAAAUAAGCAGGAAAUCUGGGAAUCCUCCACCAGGAUUUCUGGAAAACCGGGGAAUUUUGGGUAACCUACCGGUAUUGUGCAACCCUACACAGACUAUUCUUUUCUCUUGACGUUCCAUGGUUAUAGGUCAACAGUUUUUGUGAUGCUCUUUGUUUUAUCUUUUCUCCUUGCAGCUAUUCCACAUAGACUUUGGCCAUUUCCUGGAUCACAAGAAGAAGAAAUUUGGCUACAAGCGAGAGCGGGUGCCCUUUGUCUUGACACAGGACUUCUUAAUCGUCAUCAGCAAAGGAACCCAGGAGUGCACAAAAACCAGGGAGUUUGAGAGGUAAAGUAUCUGUAUUUUUGUUGAUGUUAGCUUUCCUAUAAGUGAAUAUUAGGGAUUAGAUUCACUACUCUGAAGUGCAAGGCAAGUGUUUGAAUAGGCUACAUGGGGAACUCUAUUGACUUCAUUUGCUUUUAAUCGAUCUGAUCAUGAAAUUGUGUUAUAGAAUGAUAUCAUUGUUCUACUGGUAAUACAUUACAAAACAACUUUAUUAAUCCCCUCGGGAGCUGUUUUGGAGCACAGUUAUCAGCACAAAAACACAUGCUUCCUAACCCAGCUAGGUUCAACCUUUCCCAGACUAAUUGUCCCUCAUCAUUGUCCUCCCACUCCCCCAGGUUUCAGGAGAUGUGCUACAAGGCCUACUUGGCCAUCCGGCAGCACGCCAACCUCUUCAUCAACCUGUUCUCCAUGAUGCUGGGCUCCGGCAUGCCUGAGCUGCAGUCGUUCGACGACAUCGCCUACAUCCGCAAGACCCUUGCCCUGGACAAGACGGAGCAGGAGGCCCUGGACUACUUCAUGAAGCAGAUGAAUGACGCCCACCACGGCGGCUGGACCACCAAAAUGGACUGGAUCUUCCACACCAUCCGCCAGCACGCCAUGAACUAAGAGGUUCCAUAGGCCUGGAGAGUAGCAGCAACGCAGAGAAGACAAGGGCGGAUCUCUACACCAUCCGCCUGGACUGUGUGUCAGUAGAGAGACUAGAGCGAAUCUCGACACCCUCCGCCAGCUAAGCACGCCAUGAGCGGAGAUGGCAGUGCGGACAGGGCUAGCGUCCAUGAAUAUAGAUAUGAACGGAUAGAGCCGUUGGAUGAAUAGGAUAAAAUGAAAGGCUAGAACGGAUCUCUACAUUAUCAGCUAACUUCUUAUGAACUCAGAGGGAGGUGCGGAUCUGUACACUAUCUGUUAGAAGGGCGCCGACUGGAUAUUAGGGAUGCAUGGAUAGGGAAAUUACAGGCUGAUACGAUAAUCAAAUGUUCUGUUAUUUUUCCCAUAUUGGUAUGGCAAUAUGGCCAUAAAGUUUUCUCCUUGUAAAAUUAGGGGAACAACCACAAUUAAAAACAAUUGUUUUGUAAAAGUUAUGUAAUUUAAGAUGAAGGCCGAUCUAUUGUAUUAUCAGUCAAUACUGAUAUGAAGGAUGAUAUAUUGCUGUAUCGGCCAAUACCGAUAUCAAGGUCGAUAGAUCACAUCAGCUGAUAUGGUGGACGAUUUUAUAUUAUUAUUAUUAUCAUCUGAUAUUGUGUAUCCCUAUAUAGCGUACCCCAUCCACUAGUUUACUAUGAACAGAGAACAGAGUGGAUCUCUAGGCUACAUUCUGCUAGCACGCCAGGACAC